AUGGCUUCUUCAGUUUCGAUCCUUCUCAGAAGGGCCUCAGCCCCAACCCUCUUCUCCAAGCUCUCCAGCCCCAUUCGCUCUGCUUCAGUUUCUCCCCUUGUCUCUCGCUCCUUCAACUCCAACGCCCAGGUCACAAGCUACGAUCAAGAUGAUCGUAGUAUCCCUGUUGAUCGCAGCACCACCGACAGGUCUCCCUCUCGCCGCCGUGACUUUGGCCCCACUUUCUUCUCAGAUGUGUUUGAUCCAUUUUCACCAACAAGGAGUCUGAGCCAGGUUCUGAACAUGAUGGACCAGUUCAUGGAGAACCCAUAUCUUGCAGGGUCCAGAAGAGGCUGGGACGUGAAGGAAAACGGGGAAGCUCUGUUUCUGCGGAUGGACAUGCCAGGCUUAGACAAAGAGGAUGUGAAGAUCUCGGUGGAGCAGAACACGCUGGUUGUGAAAGGUGAAGAUAAAGACUCGGAGGAUGAAGAAGGUGGAGGCAGGAGGUUCUCUAGCAGAUUGGAUCUGCCUCCCAAUCUUUACAAGCUCGAUUCAAUUAGGGCUGAGAUGAAGAACGGGGUUCUGAAGCUGGCGAUUCCUAAGGUGAAAGAGGACGAGAGGAAGGACGUCUUUGAGGUUAAGGUCGAGUGA